AUGAAGCUCAAGCGCUUCCUUCUGAGAUAUUUCCCUCCUGGAAUCGUUCUGGAGUACCAGCGGAGAAAUGGAGAUGUCGAGACGAAGUCCAUCGACCUCCUGAACCUCACACCCGAGACCGACGUGGAGGUCCUCAUCAACCAAAUAGUCUUCGAGGAGCCCUUGAUCUCCGAAAACAAGAAGGACACUCUUCGAAAGAUGAUCUACAAGCUCAUGGAAAAGAUUGACAACAAGGACUCACAGCGGUUCUAUCUGUUCAAGAUUCUUAGAGCCCACAUUCUGCCCUUGACGAACUGUGCCUUCAACAAGUCCGGGUCGAAGUUCAUCACCGGCUCCUACGACCGAACAUGCAGAGUUUGGGACACGCUGAGCGGCGAAGAGCUCCUGACGCUGGACGGGCACAAGAACGUGGUGUAUGCCAUUGCUUUCAACAAUCCCUUUGGUGACAAAAUCGUCACCGGCAGCUUUGACAAGACCGCGAAGCUCUGGGAUGCCAACACAGGGCAGUGCAUUCACACUCUCAAGGGCCACCACACCGAGAUUGUCUGUGUUGCCUUCAAUGUACAGGGCACGCAUGUUGCGACCGGCAGCAUGGACAACACAGCAAAGCUCUGGGAUGUGGAGACCGGCCAUCAGAUCGCUUCUCUGGAUGGUCACUCUGCCGAAAUAGUUUCACUGAAUUUCAACACCGACGGGGACAAAAUUCUCACCGGUUCCUUUGACAACACCGCGAAGGUUUGGGAUGUGCGGAGUGGGCGGUGUGUGCACACUCUUGCUGGCCACCGCGGGGAAAUCUCCUCGACGCAGUUUGACUUCACGGGAGAUUACUGCAUCACUGGAAGUAUUGAUCGCACUUGCAAGCUCUGGGACGUCAACAACGGGCAGUGCAUGGAGACCAUGCGAGGCCACUCAGAUGAGGUCCUGGAUGUGUGCUUUAACACAACUGGCAAUCGCCUCGUCACUGCAUCUGCGGAUUGCACGGCUCGGGUUUACAACGUCAUGACCGGCGCUUGCAUAUCUAUCUUGAUAGGCCAUGAGGGCGAAAUCUCCAAGGUUCAGUUUAGCCCAAAUGGAUACAAGAUCAUCACGGCAUCCAGUGAUCGCACCUGCCGCUUGUGGUCUGUCGAGACUGGCGAGUGCCUGCAGGUCUUGGAAGGACACAGCGAUGAAAUCUUCUCGUGUGCUUUCAACUACGAAGGCGACACCGUCAUCACUGGGUCCAAGGACAACACUUGCAGGAUCUGGAAAGACAACUUUUUCACUCCGGCCGACGAGGAUGAUCAGUAUGACCGGUAUGAAGACUGA